ACAAUAAAAAAAGAAAAACCCACAUCUUCCUUUCCCACGAGAUUAUCAAAGGAUGGCUCUGAAAACCUAUUUCCAGUUGAGCUCAGUCUGCAACACCAGAGCUACUGUGCUCCAAAGCUUCCAUCAUCAUUCUCCAUCUCUUAACAACAUCCAUUUGCACACGUUUGACGGCUUGAAAUUCAAUAAACCCACUUUAUCAGUCACCGGUAGAAGCCAAAAUUCCAGGCUUGUAUGCAAAGCUAGUGACGCUGUUGCUCAAAUUGAGGUGGUGACAGAAGCAAACUGGGAUGAGCUUGUCGUCCGCAGUAAUACACCGGUUUUAGUCGAUUUCUGGGCGCCGUGGUGCGGACCCUGUCGGGUGAUUGAACCUGUUAUAGCUGAAUUAGCCAAAGAGUAUGCCGGUAAAAUUACUUGUUACAAGCUCAACACCGAUGAGACCCCGAACAUUCCGACGAAGUUCGGGAUCAGGAGCAUCCCGACCGUGCUGUUCUUCAAAAACGGAGAGAAGAAAGAGAGCAUCAUUGGUGCAGUGCCCAAGUCUACCAUUGUAGCUACAAUCGAAAAGUAUAUCGAUCCCUGAACUUGAAACAAAACCAUAGUUUCUUGUAAGAACUCUACAUGGUAUGUUCAUGCCAUGCUAUGUCAGUUUCUUUUAUGUAUCAUCCAUUCAACUUGACAUGAUCUAUGUUCUGUAAUUCGUCAUCCUUUUUCA